AUGGAGUUCUCUAGGAGCCAUAGCCCAUCAUUGUUAGCCUUGUUUUUAAUUUGUCUAUCAAUCCUAAGCAAUCUUUUUACAUCUGCAGAAGCAGAUUUGAUCGGUGAUGUUUGCUCUGGCUCAAAAAAUCCUCAAUUUUGCAUCAAUUCUUUGAGAUCAGACCCUCGUUCCGGCAGUGCAGAUCUUAAAGUUCUUGGCCAAAUUGCUAUAGACUUAUCUACAAACAGCACCAAAUCAACCAAAGCCCUGGUUGAUUCCCUGAAGCAAAAGGCUAGCGACGCCAGAUUGAAGGCAAUAUACGAUUCUUGCUUGGAUAACUAUGGUGACUCCAUCGAUGAUCUUGCCGAUGCUACGACAAAAUUGGGUUCUGGUGAUUAUCAAGGCGUGGCUCUUACAGCAUCGGCUGCAUUGGAUGGCCCUGAUACUUGUGAUGACAAUUUCACGGAUGCAAAACUAACAGAACCACCAAACCUUGCCGAGGCUAGUCAGAACGUGCAAACUCUAAUUGAAGUUGUUUUGGUUAUUGCAAAUCGUUUGCAAGGAAAUAGAUGA